AUGCUUCCAUUAGUUGGAAAAACAAUCAUCUUCGAUAACUUUCCUGAUCCUUCUGAUACAUGGGAAAUCACUGAAACAAUCGGCAAAGGAACUUACGGGAAAGUUUUUAAAGUGUUAAAUAAGAAAAAUGGCCAAAAAGCAGCAGUCAAAAUUCUGGAUCCAAUUCACGAUAUUGAUGAAGAGAUUGAAGCAGAAUAUAAUAUCUUAAAAGCCCUAUCUGACCAUCCUAAUGUGGUCAAAUUCUAUGGGAUGUACUUCAAGAAGGAUAAAAUAAAUGGAGAUAAGCUUUGGUUGGUUCUUGAGCUGUGCAAUGGAGGAUCAGUGACUGAUCUUGUGAAAGGAUUUCUGAAAAAGGGUAAAAGAAUGAAUGAGCCCAUAAUUGCCUAUAUUUUACGUGAAGCACUAAUGGGACUUCAACAUUUGCAUAACAACAAAACUAUCCAUCGUGAUGUAAAAGGAAAUAACAUCCUGUUGACCACUGAAGGAGGAGUUAAACUGGUAGACUUUGGUGUGUCUGCACAGCUGACCAGCACCUGGCACCGUCGGAAUACUUCCGUAGGAACACCGUUUUGGAUGGCUCCUGAGGUGAUUGCAUGUGAGCAGCAAUUGGAUACCACGUAUGAUUCCAGAUGUGACACGUGGUCCCUGGGGAUCACAGCAAUUGAACUAGGGGAUGGAGACCCUCCACUGGCUGACCUGCAUCCCAUGCGCGCACUCUUCAAAAUACCAAGGAAUCCACCUCCCAAACUGAGGCAGCCUGAGUUAUGGUCAGCAGAAUUCAAUGAUUUCAUUAGCAAGUGCUUGACUAAAGAUUAUGAAAAACGUCCAACAGUGUCAGAUCUUCUACAACAUAAAUUCAUUACUCAAAUUGAGGGCAAAGAUGUGAUGUUGCAAAAACAACUCAUGGAAUCCAUUGACAUUUAUCAAUGCAUGGGAGGCACAGAAAAGGCCAGACACGAACGUAUUCACACCAAGAAAAGUAACUUCAGCAGGCCUUUAAUUUCCAGUCUGAAGGAUGUAGAUGAUUUAGCAACCCUAGAAGUUUUGGAUGAGAAUACAGUCUCUGAGCAACUUGAGAAGUGUUAUUCCAGAGGUCAGAUUUAUAUCUAUGUGGGAGACAUACUCAUCGCUCUUAACCCUUUCCAGAGCCUGGGUCUUUAUUCCACGGAGCAUUCCAAACUAUAUAUUGGAGCAAAGAGAACUGCCAAUCCUCCUCACAUUUUUGCAGUGGCUGACUUAGCCUACCAGUCUAUGGUAACAUAUAAUUCAGAUCAGUGCAUUGUUAUUUCUGGAGAAAGUGGGGCCGGAAAGACAGAAAGUGCUCAUCUUUUAGUUCAGCAGCUGACAGUGCUUGGAAAGGCUAAUAACAUAACCCUUCAAGAGAAGAUUUUACAAGUGAACAAUUUGGUGGAAGCCUUUGGCAAUGCCUGCACUAUUAUAAAUGACAAUUCCAGCCGAUUUGGGAAAUAUUUAGAAAUGAAAUUUACCUCUUCUGGAGCGGUAGUGGGAGCACAGAUUUAUGAAUACCUUCUGGAGAAAUCCCGAGUUAUCCACCAAGCCCUUGGAGAAAAAAAUUUUCAUGUUUUUUACUACAUCUAUGCUGGUUUAGCCGAAAAGAAGAAACUAGCCCAUUACAAACUGCCUGAAAAUAAACCUCCCAGAUACCUACAAAACGAUCACCUCAGAACAGUACAAGACCUGACGAACAAUAGUUUCUAUAAAUCUCAAUAUGAAUUAAUUGAGCAAUGUUUCAAAGUCAUAGGUUUUACAAUGGAGCAACUUGGAAGUGUGUACAGUACACUUGCUGCCAUCUUGAAUGUUGGAAACAUUGAAUUUUCCUCUGUGGCAAGUGAACACCAGAUUGACAAGAGCCACAUUUCCAAUCUGGCUGCUUUGGAGAACUCUGCUUCUUUGCUUUGCAUUCAGGCAGACGAGCUACAAGAAGCUCUCACGUCCCACUGUGUGGUCAUGAGAGGAGAAACCAUUAUAAGACCCAAUACUGUAGAAAAAGCCACUGAUGUCAGAGAUGCUACGGCUAAAACUUUAUAUGGCCGUCUCUUUAGUUGGAUAGUCAAUCGCAUUAACAGCUUGUUGAAGCAUGACACAUCACCAAGUGGGAAUGGUGAUGAACUGAGCAUUGGCAUUCUGGAUAUAUUUGGCUUUGAAAAUUUCAAAAAAAAUUCCUUUGAGCAGCUUUGCAUUAACAUUGCAAAUGAACAAAUUCAGUAUUAUUUUAAUCAACACGUGUUUGCAUGGGAACAGAAUGAAUAUGUAAAUGAGGAUAUUGAUGCCAGAGUUAUUGAAUAUGAAGAUAACCGGCCCCUCCUAGAUAUGUUUCUGCAGAAGCCAAUGGGUUUACUAUCUCUACUUGAUGAAGAAAGUAGAUUUCCCAAAGCCACUGACCAGACUCUUAUUGAAAAAUUUGAAGAUAACCUGAAAUCGCAGUAUUUCUGGAGGCCCAAAAGAAUGGAACUUAGUUUUGGAGUUCACCAUUUUGCAGGAAAGGUCCUCUAUAAUGCAAGUGGGUUCUUGGCUAAAAAUAGAGACACUCUUCCAACUGAUAUUGUGCUGCUUUUGAGGUCAUCAGAAAACAGUGUAAUCCGACAACUAGUCAACCACCCUCUGACAAAAACAGGUAACCUGCCACAUUCAAAAACUAAAAAUAUCAUAAACUAUCAAAUGAGAAUUUCAGAAAAAUCAAUCAACCUGACAAAGGGUGAAACUGGAGAAACCACAUGUCAUGCCAGAGAGACGACCAACAUGAAGACACAAACAGUUGCAUCAUAUUUUAGAUAUUCCCUGAUGGAUUUGUUAUCUAAAAUGGUGGUGGGCCAACCUCAUUUUGUUCGUUGCAUCAAACCAAAUAAUGAACGUCAGGCAAGAAAAUACGACAAAGACAAAGUUCUGCUACAGCUUCGCUACACAGGAAUUCUGGAAACAGCAAGAAUUCGAAGGCUAGGAUACUCACAUCGGAUACUUUUUGCUAACUUUAUAAAGCGGUACCAUGUUCUCUGCUACAAGUGGAGCGAGGAACCCCCAGUGAGCCCUGACACCUGCGCCACCAUUUUGGAAAAAGCUGGUCUUGAUAACUGGGCUCUUGGAAAAACAAAAGUGUUUCUUAAAUAUUAUCAUGUGGAACAGUUAAAUUUAAUGCGAAAGGAAGCCAUUGACAAGCUUAUUUUGAUUCAAGCCUGUGUCAGAGGAUUCUUGGGUUCAAGAAGGUACCAAAAAAUACAAGAGAAAAGGAAAGAGAGCGCUAUAAUAAUACAGUCAGCUGCAAGAGGACUUCUAGUUAGGAAACAAAGAAAAGAAAUCAUUAACACCAAAAACACAGCAGUGACAACUAUUCAGACUCAUGAUCAAGAAUUUGACUACAAGAAAAACUUUGAAAAUAAAAGGGAACCUUUUGUGAAAAAACAGAUAGAAAAUGCAGCCUCUGCUAAUGGAAGGGUCAAUCCAGCUCCAAAUAAUAAAGGGAGUACAUCUGUAGUGAAGACUUCUACCUUCAAAGCUGAAGAGGAAGCCACUCAUGCUGUCGAAAAUAACAACAGAGGAUGUCAAACUCAGAAAAAAUUGAAUAAUGUGUAUGGGGAAGAGGCUAAGCAAGAAUCGUAUUUGGUGGGGGACACUUGGGCAGAAGUAAACCCCAAACAGAAGUAUAUUAAAGACCCGGAAGAGAACAGUAAAAUAAACAAAGAGGAUAAGGAGGACACUGUGAUCCAGCAUUACUAUCAAAGCUAUACAGAGGAAAGGAAUUUUGAAGACUCAAAAUCAGCGUAUCUGGAAAGGAAGGUCGUAUCAGAAAGGCCAAAAUACCAAGGACCUUGGUUAGCUGAGAAUGAAACUAAGCAGCCUUCUAUUAAAAAAUCUUCACAGCCGAGCCUUAGCCCAAGGUCAGUUUAUCAAAAUGUGGACAGCAAGGAAAAAGAAAAGAAUACAUCUGUCGUCACCCAGAACACAUCCGCGUGCAGCCCACAGAGAAGCCACCUGAGGCAUGGGAUGGCCAAAGAGAAUCAAGCUGAACCAUCGGCGCAAGCUCAGGACGAAGAAGAUAAAGCAGCAGUGUUCAUUCAGAGCAAAUACCGGGGUUACAAGAGAAGACAGCAGUUAAGGAAGGACAGGAGGUCUUCUUUUAAAAAUCAAAAGAUCACUCCAACAGCAACAGAAGUAGCAAGAAAUACUCAAAAUUUGUAUACCUAUUCCACAAAACAUGAGGAAUCCUGUAAUAUCAAGAUGAGGAAUGAUAAAGACUCAAGAGCAAUUUCAGAGAAAGAAGCAUGCGAUUUGGCAAUGUUUUCAAAACAGAUAUCAAAGUUAUCUGAAGAAUAUUUCAUUCUGCAGAAAAAACUGAAUGAAAUGAUUUUGUCACAGCAACUGAAGCCUCUUUAUCUGGGUGUCUAUCCUCAUAAGCCAAUUAAUAGACGAGUUUCCUCUCCGCAGUACUUCUCAGGUAUCCCUAAAGGAGAGGAACCAAAAAUAUUGAGACCCCCAAGACGGCCCCGGAAACCCAAAACAUUAAAUAACCCUGAAGACUGCACAUAUUAUUAUCUGCUACAUAAGUCAAUCCAAGAAGAAAAACGAAGACCAAGGAAAGAUAGUCAGGGGAAAUUAUUAGAUUUGGAAGAUUUCUAUUAUAAGGAAUUUUUGCCCACUCGUUCUGGACCAAAGGAACAUAACCCUAGUUUAAGAGGACGAAGACAACAGAGAGAACUCCAGAAUCAAUGUUUUAAGACUGAUGAAAGGUGCUGGGCCGUGGAGAACCCGGAGGAGGAGGAGAAUGGACCCGCGAGCAACCCCUACGACUACAGGAAGCUCCUGCGCAAAACCUCGCAGCGCCGGCGCCUGGUCCAGCAGGUGUAG